UUAAAUUUGUAUGCGGAUAAUUAUUAAUUAGAGGGCCUUGGAGUUGGAGCUCUGUAAUCCAUGAUGUUGUCAUCCGGAUCAUUGCUCAACCUAGACUGGCACAAGACAAAAGAGGGACAGGAAGUUCUGGCUUCUGUGUUACAAAGAAACCUCAACAGACUGAAGAGAUUUGGGUUGCUGGAAAGACCAAUGGUACCACUUCAUAUAUCCAUCAGUGAGGUUCGCUACAAAGUCUUCCUUCUUGGCAAAAGUGGUGUUGGGAAAACCAGCACAGUGGCUAAAUUAUCUGGCUGUCAGAUACCAACAGCUCACAGUGAAACACAAGGUAUUCAAACAACAACAGUAUUUUGGCCAGGAAAAAUUUUACAACUGAACAAGACCUUUAUGUUUCAAAUACAGUUCUGGGAUACUGGUGAAAAUUCAAAUAAAAAAUAUGAUCAUAUAAUGCCGGCUUGUUUAGACAAGGCUGAUGCUGUGAUAUUCCUGUUUUCCUUCAUAGACAAGAGUAGCUUUGAAGACAUUCCACAUCAGCUGACCCGAAUUAGUACUCCAAAAGAUGACACCACCAAACUAGUGAUGGGAACAAAAUUUGACCAGUUUGCUCACAGUGAAAUAACCCAGAGAGACAUCCGAGACUUUGAACACAACUGGAAAAUACCAAUUUUGAAAACAAGAAACAUCCCAGAUGCAGAAAAUCAGAACAGUUUUAAUGACAUUGCACAGAAUCUCAACAUAAUUUGUGAACAUCUGUGGCAGAGAGACUUAAAAAUAGGAGGCAAGGGACCUCCGACUGAUAAUAAAAUAUCUUAUUGCUAA